AUGAAAGUCUUGAUUGCACUCUCCGUUCAUAUUCUUUCUGUGUUACUCGUAUCAGCACACGGCGGCCAUGAAGACUCAGAAGAGAGCGCAAAACUUGCUAAUGCUGGCUACGCCAUUCGACAUAUGGCUACAGAACACCAUAUCGACUCCUUCGACAUGGAGAGUUUCUUCCAGCUUCAUGAUUUGAACAGAGAUGGUGUAUGGGACCGGGAAGAAAUUGAGGCUAUAUACGGCGUUCACCAUGUGUACUCACAGAAAAAGUCGAAGGACGAGAUUGAACAUCAGAAGAAGGCUGAUCAGGUCGCAGAUACUGUACUCAAGCUCUUGGAUAAAGACGGAGACAGCAAGGUCACACCAGAGGAGUUUACCGCUGUUGGGCUGAGUGGCCUGCCGAGUUUUGACGACAUAGGCGCAGAGGGACACCAUUACGACGUAGAAAGCGAGUUUUUCUUACAUCAUGAAGAACAGUAUCACUCGACGCCUGAGACACAAACCGACGCAUCAUACACUCACCCCGAAGACCUUGAACACUUUUCACAACAUGCAGCUAUUGAACGUGAAGAAGCAGAGCGAGAGGCAAUAUUUCAAGGGAUCACAGUUGAGGAAGCCAUUCGCGCACAUGAAGAGCCCCCUGCACGUCCUGCACCUCCCGCUGAAAGCGCGCCAAAGCCCAAAAUUACCCGUGGAGUCCCACCAGAGAAACAGGAUCCGGUGGUCAAGUACAAAGAUAUUGGCAAGGAGAGUGACAGCCAGUCAGAAUGGGGUACCGGAGAACAAGGCUACAAGCAGCCUAACACACCGGCAGAGAAAACGAGGAAGAACCUCCCAUACAAGGAACGUAUACAGUAUAAAUUCCGACGGAAUUGGGGAGAUUUCUGA